CAUGGGAUAUGUACAGGUACAGGUGUGAUUAGUGAUGAUUCGUAUCAUUAGUGCAUAACCUCGCUCCGAAAUAUAAAAUGGAACAAAAUAACGGAUGAUUAGUUUGGUAUUGGUUCUAGAGGGCGUGAAAAAUUGAUAAGGCAUGAAAUCAUCAAUGGUGAUGAUUCAAAGUGCGUCGUUUGGCGAAAAAUGACAGACUAACGACGCUAACGCCAUUGCAACAACUAGAACAAUUAAGGGUGUAACCAGGAGUGAGCUUAUGGUAGCUAACAACACAAAUAAAACAAUAAGUAACCUGCAUUUAACUAAUUGAAACAAUGGAGAGUGUGGAAUUGCAAGGACUGAACCAUGACCAUUAUGGGGUCAUCUUUGAUAAGUACGACCACAACCAUGAUGGCCUAAUAAACUACCAAGAAUUCGCCUCGAUAAUCAACUCCGCGGAGUUCCGCAGCGACAUCCCCAAACACCUCAUCAAAGAAAUAUUCCGCCGUGCUGACACCGACGGCAACAACCAACUAGACCGCGCCGAAUUCGUCCGUAUCGCCACGCAUCCCGAAACCUCACACUUCUUCACCCACCUCCGUCAACGCGGCCGCCAAUAUGUCAAAUUCCUCGUCCCGAAACCCCCGACAACCCGCACACUACCAACCGCCAUCACCACAGUCGAUGGCGCUUAUGAAGAAGAAUACUCCUGCUGGCCACCACGCGUCGCCAUGAUAACCCUCUCACUAGUAAUCAUAGUCCUCUUCAUGGUAGACAUCAUCAUCGCUGACAACAUGCACGCACAGGGACCAGUCGCUACAGAUCUACUCUACGACCCACAUCGACGCAAGGAAGCAUGGAGAUACCUCACUUACAUGUUCGUACACGUUGGCAAGAUGCAUCUGAUUGUGAACAUCUUCGUCCAGCUGAUGUUAGGAGUACCAUUGGAGAUGGUCCAUGGGGGAUGGAGAGUUGUGUUGGUUUAUAUCGCAGGUGUGGUUGCGGGGAGUCUAGGGACAUCUAUCUGUGAUCCUACGGUGAAACUCGCUGGUGCUAGCGGAGGGGUUUAUAGUUUGAUGACUGCACAUUUAGCAACAAUUAUCAUGAACUGGUCUGAAAUGAUGUAUCCACUCAUCCAGCUAAUCAUCUUCUUGAUCCUCAUCGGAUCAGAUGUAGGCACCGCCAUCUACAACCGUUACGUCCUGAUGCAGUUUGAACCGAUUGGUUACGCUGCGCAUUUCUUCGGAGCUUUGGCUGGUCUCCUCGUAGGUAUCACAAUCCUACGUAAUAUAUCCAUAGACCGCGGAGAGAAAUGGGUGCAGAUCAUUGCAGGAGCCAUAUUUGUCCUAUUAAUGGCCGCUGCGAUUAUUUUCAAUAUUGUUAACCCGAAUUAUUUCCCUGUUGCAUACGUUUAAACGCACAUACACAUAUUUUUAUAAAUUAUCAAUUACGACUGCCUUAAAGUUAUAUUAUUAAUAUUAAUAAUGAUAGUAUUAUUAAUCGUGUGAUAUCACUGAGCACGAUAUAUUUUUACACAGAUUCAUAGUUGUUACAUCGAUAUAUUUUUCUGUACAAAGCAAUGUGACAAUACAACAUAAAAAACAA